GGGUUCUUUUGUCCAGCGUCGCAUCGCGCUAUUCGUCAUUUAAGAUUCAAAUUUUAAAAAAGCAGGAACAGCGAACAAUAAUUUUAGCUGAGAAUUUCCUAAGUGUUUUAUUACACGUGCGUAUUAUUUCAUGGAAGUAGGUAUUACUACUUUGCAAGUGACAUUUAUUGUGAUGGAGUUGAUAGAUCAUUACCCACAGUUUUAUGAGCCCUAUCUCUUGAAAUACUUGUAGUGAACUCAAGUUAUUUCAUGGAGUAAAAAUUUCUACGGACAAAUCUGUUCUGCUUCUGGACACGUCUGAACUGCCAAAGACUAGCGGCAAGAAUGCCAACGUGACGAUGAGGGACUGAAACUGGAAGCACCGUGAGCCUCCUUGAACGUCAGCAAGAUUCGUCUCCAGAUGACGGCGACGACGCACGAAUCUUUCGAUGACUUCCACUCGAAAUAAUUGCAACGAAGAACACUCCGGUGAAAUUUCAAUCUUUUUGAUAGUUCGGUAAGGCUGUUUACCGGCAAACUGGUUGUGAUACUCAGAACGCGAUUAAAAUUGUAAGGGCUUAGAAGAGCUGAAUGUUGUCUAAAUUAUGUAUUAAAUUCACGUCAGAAAAUUGUUCACUCGCUUCAAGAAAUCUUCGGAACUCCAAAAGGUCAAAUAUGCAUUUUAUAGAAUGGAGAACGAAAAAGUUACUAUCGAGCAGUUUUGUUGCGCUGGCGAAGGUCUCGUUUUUGAAGCGCUAUAAACUUUCCGAUGACUUGAUGAAUGAAAUAUUAUCUCAUUAUCAUAAUCCAUGCGUUAAAAGUCGAUUUCACCUUUGAAGAGUCUAUUAUUUGCUCGAAAAAGUUACUUCAUUGGUACCAUUUUCAUUUCUAUCCCGCAAAUGGAAUUAUCGCAGGAGGGAAAGCACCUAACUUAUGAGGCAAUUAGCUUGCCUCGAAAGUUCCAAUUAUUUUUGAAGCCCUAAUAGCAUGGCGAACAUCGCUUCGUACACGCCCAGCAAACUUAUCAAUGAAUUACACAUUAAUUCUCGCUUUCUCUUGGAAUUACCUAAUCCUAUAUCGUCUUCUAUGAUCUCUUAUCAACAUUCCGUGGACCAAGUUGUCUCUGAGAAUAAGACUUACGAGAGUUUGCGCAGCGACAACACUGUGGUCAUUUACGAUUUCCCUUCUGUGAUAGUAGUGCUUAUUCUUUUGCUCAUCAUUGCGGGCACUGUUAUCGGCAACAUUUUAGUUUGUGUGGCCGUGUGUAUGGUGAAAAAGUUACGUCGCCCGUACAACUACCUACUCGUGUCGCUUGCACUCUCUGAUCUAUGCGUCGCUAUUCUCGUGAUGCCAGUGGCUCUCUUGAACGAACUAUGGGGAGGUUGGGCGUUCGGACCUCUAAUUUGUGACAUCUGGGUGUCUUUUGAUGUGCUCUCGUGCACGGCAAGUAUCCUCAACCUGUGCAUGAUUAGCGUCGACCGAUAUCUGGCCAUCACGAAGCCUCUGGAGUAUGGGGUGAAGAGGACACCGCGUCGCAUGUUCGCUUACAUCGCCAUCGUCUGGAUAGGCGCCGGUUUCGUGAGCGUCCCACCUGUGCUAAUCCUCGGCAACGAGCACGGCAUUGACGGCACGCGCUGCGACGUCUGCCAAAACUUUUACUACCAGAUAUACGCAACGUUCGCGUCAUUCUACCUGCCCCUGAGCGUGAUGGUCACGGUUUACUACAAAAUCUUCAGAGCCGCCAGAAGGAUCGUCACCGAGGAGCGAAGAGCCCGGGCGCACCUUAAGCAAAUCGAAGAAUGCAGCCAAACACAGGGUCCUGGUCCAUAUCCUGGCGCUGCAUCUUCCUCCAACGUCAAGGAGACUUGCGUGGACUCUAUAGCAGUCCUGCUUGAAGACUCAAGUCAUUCCAUUGCAUCUGCAGCCUCUCACAGGUCAGCAAAUAACGCGCCUGCGACCAUUGCAUACCAAUGUGCUCAAUGCUUUUCAAAUGCAAGCCCUCUACAUUACUUAUCCAUUUGGAUGAAAUAGCUUGUAUUCUAACUAGUGCAGUUGGUAGCCCGACCUCAUAGUUCGAAAGUGAGAGUUCCGUUUUCGACAAAUUCAAUAUUAAAGGUUUAAAUCGUCGGCUUA